AUGGCUGACAAUUCUAAAGUAGUCGUUACUAAGGAUGGCCUGCUUGCACCGCUAGAUACCGGCACCGGACAUGAACCUCCAUUCAGGGCCGGAUCGUCGUAUGCUAAUGUCACUGCUCCCACACGUAUCAAAAAACCGGACCUCCCGGCACAUAAGUUCCAAGCCUUGCGCCCCUUCAGUGCUGACGAGAAAGCUGAUGAUCAAUAUACGUACGAGCCUCAGUUUGUGGAGAAUGCUGGUAAUGUAGAUGAAGAUUAUGUUCCAUCGUCUGAAGCCGAGAUUGAUACAAGCGCCUCUGAAGACUUGUCGGAGCCAGAGAACGUGAGAAGGGCGGGGAUUGAAUAUGCAGGUUGGCAGAAUUUGCAGAUCGAUGACGAUGAUGACGAACAGGGCAAGGAAUUUUCUGUCACCAAAUCAGACAGCAGACGAAUUUACUUCAAAUGCAAGCAUUCAAAUACGUGCCCCUUCAAGCUCCAUGCAUCGUCACAAGAUGGAGCCAUUUGGGGAGUGUAUAAGUUCACCAAUGAGCACUCAUGCGACGGUGAGCUAGGGCGUGUAGCGCGAAUAAAGGCCCCCGCAAAAGUCGUCGCAGCAUAUUUAGCACAGAAAAUACACGACGAUUGCGAGAUCUUGAAGCCGAAGGCCAUCCAGCUGGAGCUGCGACAUGAGUUUGGCGUACAGAUCAAGUACGAUGUUGCAUUGCGAGCCCAUAAUCGAGCGACUGAGAUGGUUUAUGGUCGACAUGAUCAGUCCUUCGAGAUGCUGCCCAAGUACUUAUACAUGUUGAGACAAUCCAAUCUCGGUUCGAUGGUGGAGUGGGAAGUUGACGAUGAUGGCCGAUUCAAACACUUAUUUGUUGCUCUUGCAGCUUCGGCUACCCCUUUCAUGUUCAGCUUAUGGCCAGUGAUUGUCGUCGACGGCACACACUUGAAGGGCAAGAAUAGGGGUAUUUUGUUUGUUGCAGUGACGAAGGACGGCAACGAGAGUUUGUUCCCACUCGCGUAUGGUGUUGGCCCGAAAGAGAACGAUGAAUCGUGGACUUAUUUCAUGUCACGCAUUCGACGUGUUUAUGGCCAAGCCAAUCCACUUUUGAUUGUCUCUGAUCAACAUAUCUCCAUUGCCAAUGCUAUCAGGAAUGAGUUACCAAAUGCCACCCACGGCCUAUGCUACUACCAUUUGCAAAAUAACCUGAAGCAUUACGGUAAGGCAGUGGUCGAGGUGUAUCGACAAGCUGCAUUUGCGUACGAGAAGUCCGACUUCACUAGGGCUAUGAACGCCCUGAAGGUUAUGAAGAGAGCCGCGUACGAUAAACUAAUGGGGAUUGGGCCGGAAAAGUGGGCUCAUUCGAUGUGUCCUAUGCCUGUGCGACGCUACAGUUUUAUGACAUCAAAUGCUGCUGAAGCUUUUAAUUCCAGAUUGUUAGAGGCAAUCGGAAUUGUUAUUGAGAAAUGGUUCAGCGAGUGA